AUGGCUGUGCAGACUGGCAGCGCCGACGCGUACUGGGAAUCGGUCAAGCACACGCAUACGGUCGAGACGGUCGAGCCGGUUGACGCAGCCGCCGUCGCCAAGCCAGAAGGGUUCUUCCGAGUCGUGUGCAUAUCCGACACGCACUCGCUGACGGACAAGCUCGUCGUGCCGGACGGCGAUUUGCUGGUUCACGCCGGCGAUUUCAGCAACAAGGGCUCGAAGGCCGACAUUGUCAAGUUCAACGAGUUUCUCGGUCGGCAGCCACACAAGCACAAGGUGGUCAUUGCGGGUAAUCACGACCUGACGCUCGACGAGAGCAAUAUUGAAGAGCUCAGGGAGCAGUUUCGGUGCAAGGACACGGAAACGCCGGCACAGCUCAAAGCGCUCCUCACCAAUUGCAUCUAUCUCGAGGAUGCGCUGGUUGAGGUCGAGGGGUUUCGCAUUUACGGGUCACCAUGGACGCCGUACUUUUUCGGCUGGGGAUUCAAUCUGGAACGAGGCGCGCCCAUUCGCGCAAAGUGGGACUUGAUUCCGAACAAUGUCGACAUUUUGAUCACACACGGUCCCCCGGUUGGGUAUGGCGAUCGCACGACCGGUGGCAACUAUGCGGGAUGCGCCGACUUGCUCGAGGCGAUUCAAUCGCGCAUCAAGCCAAAACUGCACGUCUCUGGCCACAUACACGAGGGUGCGGGCCUGACGCGUGACGAAUUUGGCAUAUUGUACGCGAAUGCCUCGACUUGCACACAUCGCUACCAACCCGUGUUGCCAGCCAUCGUUGUUGAUCUUCCCAAAAAAAAUUAA